AUGGAGCCAUCUGCGCCUGUGUUCUUGCCUCGUGAGCCGUUCGGUCGCUCGCACAGCACACCUGCUGUCUCGCUGAUGACGACAUCGGGCGGUCGCGCAGCUUUGGGUGAACGUCCUGUGCUUGCAAAACAAAAUACAUAUCUCUCUUGCACGUUGGAAUGCACAAAUGAUGGGCACGGCAUCAUUGCUGGUGGUGCCUACAACGAUGAUCGUGCUAUAUGGCAGCGAAUGGAAAGCUCGAGUGCGCUUGGGAGCUGCACCAGCGACGUCGACGCGGAUAUAAAUCUGCAUAUGGAUGCGGCGUCUGCUCGCGUGGGUGCUGGCGCGGACCAGGAGGAUGACGAGGAACGCACGCUUCGACGUCUUGCACACCGGCGCCUACAGCGCGUGCGGGAACGAAAGCGUGCCGUGAGUCACGAUGAAGUCAAGCGUCCCGUGUCAGAUGCUCGACUUGUAAUGCAGGAACAUCGUGAGCGACGCUGGUCACAAAGUCUACAGCGCAAGCCGUCUAUGCGUCUGGAAUGGGCUGCCGACCGAGAUCUGCUGCUGGCUGACAAGGAAAAUGUCAAGCCGUCCAUGCAGCACGUUGAGCAUGCACCAGCCGGCUCAAUGCAAGCACUUGCUCCCCAGCAGCCUACACGGUCUCGAUCAUCCCCUCAUACCCAAGCCCUAGCUCAUACCCCAGCUCAUCCUUUGACUCGUGUCUCCCCACAACAUGCCGCUCCUCCUCCUCCUCCUCCUCCUCCUCCUCACGUACCCUUGUCUGUGUCGUUCGUGCCGCCUAGCCAAGGCAGAAACGUCCAUGCCACCACUGCACCUACCAAUCGUGGUACUGGUAUGUCUGUAAAUGCAUCGCUGGGUCACCGCCCAUUGACGCGACGAGCCAUUUCUGCCUCUACAUCCUCUACAACUACAUCCCCAAUAUCGACGAAGCCUACGACAACCUGGACUCGAACAUCAAGUACGCGGAGCAGUGACAUGAUGCCUGCGACGGCCAAAGAUGAUGUGCCUCAUGACGAUAGUGGGUUCUUCAAGGAUGGCGAUCGAUCCGAUUCCUUCUCGCCGCCGACUCGCGCACAACCACAGCAUGUUCUCAACACUCACGAUAAGGACACAUGGACAGAACAUGACCACCAAGCUGCUGAGCUGCUACUGGGCUUAGGAAGCGCCUCUCGCAUCCAUCCAUAG